UUUGUCAGUUUGACACAAAUGUAAACAAAAAUUCAAAAUCACCGGCUCAGCCAGAAGCAGUUUUUAUUACUUUUGAAUCAUUAGUAAAUAUUUAAAUAAUUUUAAAAUUAAACAGUGAAUUAGUUUAAAAAUGACCAGCACAAAUUCUCCGUCAAAUGUUUUAGCUGAAACCCGUUCCUUAUCUCAGCGGAUGCGCUCUGCUUACGAUGUAUCUCGCAGCACCGCAACCAUCGGGGACGUUGCUGUAUCGCUAGAUGCACUUCGGACAAACCUAUCCUCUCUGAUCGUGCAAGCCAAAAUCCGGAUCCACAAGGCAAGUGUCAAUCAAACGGCUCCCCUUACGGAGAAGCAAGCCAAGAUGCUGAACGAUGCCAUCUAUUCGGCCAGUUCGAUUCUGCGAAAGCAAGAACAGUUGGCUAGUGCACAGAAUCGGAAGCGAACGGACCACCAAAAGGAUACGCUUCAAGUCAGCGGGGAAGACUUUCAGGAGCAGAUGGCCAAUCUGAACAAACAGCUGAAUGCCGUUUCGAUCGAGAUGGCAAAGCUCAAGCGGGCCAACGAUAACAUCAUGAACAUUUACUCGAAUUACAUGUUGGAGAAUGAGGAGGAAUGCGAUUCGGAUGAGGAGGAAGAUGAGAGCGAUUCUGGGGAGGAGAAUAACACUAUUUAUAAGCGUGAUUGAGAUGGGUUUCUAUAGGUAAGUCAGAUCUUAAUUUUAUCCUCUAGAUGUUUAAAUAUAUGUAACGACUGAUUGGUUAUAUCAA